CCCCGCGGCUUCAUCACCCUCAUCGGCGCCGGCCCCGGCCCCGCCGACCUCCUCACCCUCCGCGCCCUCGAACAUCUCCGCAAAGCCGACCUCGUCAUCGCAGACCCCGACGUCCAUUCCCAGGUGCUUGCGCUGGUUCCGCACAAAAAGUUGCACAUCCCGCCGUUCUCGUACCACCCGAAGACCAAGGCCAAGUUUCAGGAAGAGGCGCUCGAUACGUGUCUGAAGGCGCUGGCGAGGGGGAAGGAGGUUGUGAGGUUGUAUGUCGGCGAUCCGUUUGUGUUUGCGAGGGGCGCAGAGGAGGUUAAGGCGUUCCGUGACAAUGGGUACGAGCCGACCAUCGUGCCGGGGUUGACUGCUGCGACGGCAGUCACGGCCAACGCGUUCAUACCCCUCACGCAUCGCGGACUGGCGGACCAAAUCGUUGUGCUCUCUGGAGGCGCAGAGAAUACCAAACUCUCCCAUGUACCACAUUACUACGACAAGCGAACCACCGUGGUGCUCAACGCCGUCGGGAACUUAACCACGGUCGUCGAGCUACUCUUGGCCGCGGGGUACCCCAAAGACGUCCCUGCAGCGGUCGUGGAAAAAGGCUGCUGGGGCAACGCAGGCGGCGGGGAGAGGAGGCUGGAUGCGACGUUGGAGACGAUUCAUAAGGAGGUGGAGAGGAGGAGGGUCAGUGGACCGGCUGUUCUGGUGAUUGGGCAUACGGUAGGGUAUUCGAAGAUGGUCAAGCCGGAGUUGUUGAAAGAUCGACCGGUGGAGACUGGAGAUGUUGGCCAGCUUUUGGGCAAUCUGGAGCUGGAUUAG